CGGAAGUUAUCGCUGAGGGGGUGUAAUACUGAUCCCCACAGCGGCGAUGAAGACGUAGGGAAGGGGCGGCGGGAUGUCGGUGAAUUACGCGGCGGGGUUGUCGCCCUACCCGGACAAGGGGAAGUGCGGCCUCCCGGAGAUUUUUGAUCCGCCAGAUGAGUUGGAGAGGAAGAUCUGCCAGCUGGCUGACUUGAUCCAGAACUCUUUCAGCGUGGUGUUUCACACCGGGGCCGGCAUCAGUACAGCUUCAGGGAUUCCGGAUUUCAGAGGCCCUAAUGGUGUAUGGACCAUGGAAGAGCAAGGCCUGGUCCCCAAGUUUGACACUACCUUUGAGAAUGCACGGCCAUCGAAGACUCACAUGGCUCUCUUGGAGCUCCACAGGGUUGGCAUCCUGCACUUCUUGGUCAGCCAGAACAUAGAUGGGCUCCAUGUCCGGUCCGGCUUCCCCAGGAACAAGCUGGCAGAACUGCAUGGGAACAUGUUCGUGGAGGAAUGCAUGAAAUGUGGCAAGCAAUACGUGAGGGACACUGUUGUGGGCACCAUGGGGCUCAAGCCCACCGGCCGGCUCUGCGAUGCCUCCAAACACAGAGGGCUCCGAUCCUGCAGAGGCAAGUUAAUGGACACCAUCUUAGACUGGGAAGAUUCCCUGCCAGAUCGUGACCUCCAUCUAGCCACUGAAGCCAGCAGGAGGGCUUCCUUAUCCGUCACUCUGGGGACCUCGCUGCAAAUCAAGCCGAGCGGGGACCUUCCCCUGCUGACCAAGAAGAAGGGCGGGAAGCUGGUGAUCGUCAACCUGCAGCCCACGAAGCACGACAAGCAUGCAGACCUGCGCAUUCAUGGUUACGUAGACGACGUCAUGACGAGGCUCAUGAAGCAUCUGGGGCUGGAGAUCCCCGAGUGGACUGGGCCACUGGUGGUGGAGAGCGUGGAGCAGCCAGAGGCCAAACCAUUUGCCAAGACCGCCACAGACUUGCAGUUCCUGGGCAAGGAGGAGCCGCUUCCCCGCUGGAACGGUGCCCAGGAGGGCCUGGGACACAGGGCUGCUCUGAAGCAGGAAUCCUGCGGGCUGGGUGGCAGCUCCACCCCAGCCAAGCGGCCGAAGCUGGAGCCGUUGCCCACUUGAUUGAUCCCGUCUGUGUGGGGUUGUCUGUGUGGGUGUAGCCUGGUAUCUCUCAGAAAACCUUUUUGGCCUUGGCGUUUAUACCGGACUUUUUAAAGACUCGUCUUCUUCCUGGUUCUGUGUGUAUCUUUUCUCCCCUGGAAUUUUGAAACUUUCUGGAUGAGGCCAGAGUUCCCAUUUCUGGAAGAAGGUAACAGCUAGUCAGUGAUCCUCCUUUCUGUGGGACAGGCUAGGAGAUAAAGCUGGUACGCUCUGUCAUUCUGUGCCUCUUGUGUGCCCUCCCCUCCCUUCCCCUCCCCAUUAAUCCAGGAAUCUCUCUAAGGAUCCAUUGGUUUUGCUACUACCACAAAACCCUUUCCUGGUUUGCAAAUGCUGACCUUCUCUUUCUCCUCCAUUUCUUUUCUUUAUAAGUAUCUGAGGGAGUGUAAAGAGGAGAAAACAGCAUAGUCGUUUUAAAUAACUGCCUUUGUUAAAUCGUUUAGGAUAGAAAGCAGGUUCCCUUAAAUCACGUACCUAAGGAUCGCCAGGCCUUGCUUUCCUUGGGACUUAAUCUAUACAUAAAGCCGUGCCUAAUAGAUGGAGGUUCAGAGCAUCCCUCGGACCCAUCCUUCCA